AUGGAGCAGUUUGUCCGGAAGCGUUUGUCCUUCCUGACAUCCUUCUGGAACAAGCUCCGUCCCCGCUCUGUGCCGGAGAGCUGCUCGCUGGGGUAUCUUGGUUCCGAUUCUGUUUCGCUGCACUCGGAGCCGAACUCCAUUUCCUUCAUCCCCAAGUCCUCUCUCUUUAUCGCUUUAUACGCUUUCACAGCCCGGAGCGCAGAGGAACUGAGUGUAAGCGCAGGGGACAAACUGCGUGUCCUCAGAGAAGAAGGAGAAUAUGUCUUAGCCCGGCGGCUGCUGGGGGAGCCGGCCAUGGGGUACGUUCCUGCUGCGUACGUGGCCAACCUCAGCCAGAGCACCUCCGCUCACCGGCCCUGGUACUUCAGCAAGAUCAGCCGGAACGAAGCCGAGCAGCUCCUCCUCUCGCCUCCCAACCAGCACGGCUCCUUCCUCGUCCGGGACAGCGAGAGCAGCAAGGGCGAGUACUCUCUCUCAGUACGCAACCACAUGAAGGUCAGCCACUUCCGAAUCUGCAAGAGCCCUGGGGGCAGCCUCUACAUACAGAAGGGCCAUCCCUUCCCUGACAUGGAGGAGCUCCUCGCCUUCUACACCGAGCACUGGAAGGUCAUCCAGAGCCCCUUGCUGCAGCCCUGCAGCCCCGCGACCCCCCCUGAGAGGGACAGCUGGGAACGUCCGCGCUGGGAGUUCACCCUGCGGAGGAAGCUGGGCGAGGGCUACUUUGGAGAGGUGUGGGAAGGACUGUGGAGGAACACAGUGCCGGUGGCCAUCAAGAUCAUAAAAGCUGACAUGAAGGCAGAAGACUUCACCAAGGAGAUUCAGAACCUGAAGCGCCUGAGGCAUGAGAAACUGAUCCAGCUGCACGCCGUCUGCUCGCUGGAUGAGCCCGUGUACAUCAUCACUGAGCUUAUGCGGAAAGGCAACCUCCACAGCUACCUCAACAGUCCUGAAGGGAAGUCCCUGGACACCUCCCACCUGCUCAACAUCGCCUGCCAAGUGGCGGAUGGGAUGAGGUACCUGGAGGAGAAGCACAUUGUCCACCGGGACCUGGCGGCCAGAAACAUCCUGGUGGGAGAGGAACUCACCUGCAAAAUCGCCGAUUUUGGACUUGCCCGGCUUCUCAAGGAUGACAUUUAUUCCACCAGCAGCAGCACCAAAAUCCCGGUGAAGUGGACAGCCCCGGAGGCAGCCAACUACCGCACCUACUCCCUCAAGUCCGAUGUCUGGUCCUACGGGAUUCUGCUCUAUGAAGUCUUCACAUAUGGACAGAUCCCGUACGAAGGAAUGACAAACCAAGAAACCGUAAGGCAAAUCACCAGGGGCUACCGCCUUCCCCGGCCCAGCUCCUGCCCUCCCGAGAUCUACAGCAUCAUGCUGGAGUGCUGGAGCGGCAACACGGAGGAGCGUCCUACCUUCCUGGCCCUGCGGGAGAAGCUGGGCUUCAUCUACAGACGGCUGCUCAGCUCCCUCUCCUGA